AUGGCCCGUAAUAGAGAAUCUGCAUCCGAAUCCGAAGCCAAGACUACGACGUCUCGUGCCUCCGCAAAGGCUAAGAACUCGUCAGUCCAACAGGCCCAACAGGAUUACAUCGCUAAACACGUUACUUCGAAUGGACCAUACGAUGGGCCAAAAAUAAACCCAUUGGAUUUCGAGAAUUUGCCCGUAGAGCUGUUGAUAAAGUAUAACAGAAAGUUCAAUUUAAACUCGGAAAACCCGUACACUAUAAAUGGCUACAUGUUGAAGUCAGAAAUCGGUAAAAAGACCAUCAGCUAUAAGAAGAAUUCCAAAAAGAAUUCCUCCAAGGAAUUAGCUGCGACAGUUAAGAAACACUUCCAGAAUUUACCGUGUAGAGAAAAUGAAGUGAUCACGAACUUUUUGUACAAGGUUAAAAAUCAAGACAAGGAUUUUAAGUUGUCCUUCAAAUAA